GAAAAGUAAAAAAGCAAGUCUUUGUCAAAAUGCCUGUCGAAAAUCUCGAAGAAGAAGGCCUUCCUAACAAUCCUAACCAUAAUAUAGCACAGUGGAAGUUUAUUAUAACCAAUCCUGAUGGAAAUAACAAAGAACAAGCAAAGAAAAACAUCAUGGACGCGGUAAAAGAGAAAGAUAUGGCACCAUUUUAUGAAGAACUUUGCAGUGAACUGAAAUGGUCAUUAGACCAGACAUUACUGGCAAAGAUGAAAAAAGCUAAUGAAGAAAAGAUGAAAAAACUGGAAGAAAAGCUGAAGUUUGCAGAAGAGAAUCUGGGGGAGACAGAAGUCAGGGAUGAACUCUUCGCACAGGCAGAAUAUUUAUGCAGUAUUGGAAACAAGGAAGGAGCUUUAACAGCAUUCAGAAAAUGUUACGACAAAGCUGUUGCCAUGGGAUACAAACUUGAUAUUAUAUUCUACCGUAUUCGUAUUGGUCUGUUUUACCUGGAUAACGACAUGAUUACCAAAAAUAUUGCUAAAGCACAAGAGUUAAUAGAAGAAGGAGGUGAUUGGGACAGACGAAACAGAUUGAAAGUCUAUCAUGGUAUUUAUUACCUAUCCAUACGUGACUUCAAAGCUGCAGCUAACAACUUCCUUGAGAGUAUAUCGACCUUCACCUCGUAUGAGCUAAUGGAUUACAAGAAGUUUGUGACGCUGACAGUACUGGCAAGCGUCAUAUCUCUAGAGAGGGUUGACUUGAAGAAGAAAGUGGUUAAUGGUGCAGAGAUCCUAGAGGUGUUGCAUCAACUGCCUGUUAUCAAGGAAUUUCUUCUCUCUUUCUACAAUUGUCAUUACGCUCAGUUCUUUAAAGCAUUAGCUGAGGUUGAAGUACUACUAAAACAAGACAGGUUAAUGGCUUCACACUACCGGUACUAUGUACGUGAAAUGAGAAUCCUAGCCUAUACACAGCUGUUGGAAUCAUAUCGCAGUCUAACACUAGAGUACAUGGCUAAGGCCUUUGGUGUCAGUGAAGCGUUUAUUGAUAAGGAACUAUCUAGAUUCAUUGCUACUGGUAGGCUUCAUUGUAAAAUUGACAAAGUUCGUGGUAUUGUCGAGACCAAUAGACCAGACUACAAGAACUGGCAGUACCAGGCUUCAAUCAAACAGGGAGAUCUGCUUCUAAACCGCAUCCAAAAACUCAGUCGAGUCAUUAAUAUCUAGAAUCAAAGUGUAUCUUGUGUUCCUUUAUCUCUGUAGCUACUGUCGCUAGAAGAUUCCUACACUAUUAUCCAUACCACACUAUUGUGGACUUGGAAUAAACAGGGAUGCAACUUUCUUAAGGGAUAGAUAGGUUUAGCAAGGGAUCUGUUUUUAUGCAUUAUUCCUUGUGAAAAAUAUUGUAGGGGUUUUACCAUUGAUCUACCCAGAGGUAAUUUAUCUGUCCUAUAUGAUAUAUCCCAUUUCAGACCAUUAGUGACAUUUCCUUGAGUAUCAUUUCUUUAUUUAACUGUCGUGCAUGAGAAGACACAUGAAUAUGGAUGCAACUUAAACGAAUAAUCUUAUUCUCAAGAGAAUGACACAUGGUCUGAAAUGGCAAAACAUUACAUCAAGAGGAAUUAGAUCUAUUAAAGCCAGACAACAGUCUACAAAACGUUCUUCCAAGAAGAAGUGCCAGGAGUCAGAGAGCCCCUUAUUUCAAUCCCCUUAUGGAAGUAUUUUACCACUGUGUGAAUUGUCUGUGAUUUAAGGUCCAGUUUAAAUAUAGAAUGUCACAUGUGCCAACCCUAAAUCAUGCAAAUGAGCAAAACAUACAUCAUUGCUUGAAUUCAUUUGCAUUAGAUUUGGCAUGUGAAAUUCAGUGUUUAAACUGGGACUUUGAUGUAGCUGUGGUUGAUAUUAAAUGUCUCUUACUGUACA